UUGAGUUUAGGUUUCGUUACGGCGCUAGGGUUUUUAAGACCCGCCCCCCCGGUUCUCCUCCGCGCUCAUUUUCCGUUCGACCCCUUUCUCUUCCCCCACCGAGCUCCCGAUCCCCAAACCCUAAUGGCGAGGAUUAAGGUGCACGAGCUCCGGGGGAAGACGAAGGCGGAGCUCCUCGCGCAGUUGAAGGACCUCAAGGCGGAGCUCUCCCUCCUCCGCGUCGCCAAGGUCACCGGUGGCGCCCCCAACAAGCUCUCCAAGAUAAAGGUGGUGAGGGUAUCGAUCGCGAGGGUUUUGACGGUGAUCUCGCAGAAGCAAAAGGCGGCGCUGAGGGAGGCGUACAAGAAGAAGAAGUAUCAGCCGCUCGAUCUCCGCCCGAAGAAGACUCACGCCAUUCGCCACCGCCUCACGAAGCAUCAGGCAUCUCUGAAGACAGAACGAGAGAAGAAAAGGGAGAAGUACUUCCCGAUGAGGAAGUAUGCAAUCAAGGCGUAGUUUUUGUUGGUCGAAUAGAUUAUUGAGCCCUUUCUAUCGGAGCAUUGCAUUGCUUUUUUGCCCCUUAUUCUUGAUGUUUUGCGUAUUGUUUAUGCCCUUGUUUUUAACACAAUUGCUAUGUAGGUUUUGCGAAAAUUUCUAUUCAGGUUAUGCUUUUCCCUCCGCAAAAUUCGACGUGUACUAAGUAGUUGCAGCGAAAUGUUGGUUUGGUGCCACUUCUCAAACAGCUUUAGUAUUGUGACAAACAAAUCAAUUCAUAGCUUCUAGCUGCGGCACUAGUUGAAAUAAGUAUUUGGGUUCUAAAAACUGAAAUUCUAAUUUGGGUUCUAAUUUCUAGCUAAAGUGGGAAGAGCCUGCAAGGAUUUCUUUUAUGUUUGUGAAAUAGUUACUAUAAUUUUCUUAAAACAGCUUUA